AUGGUCGCUGAGAAUUUGGUUACUGAAACUAGUUUUUCUUGUAGUGACUCGUUUGUACUGUAUUUCUCCGCUGACGAAUCUCCGAGGUGGCUUUUCAUCAACGGCAGAAGAAAAGAAUUCGCGGAAACCCUAAGAAGCAUGUCGUCGCAGAAAAAUAUAAACUUAACCGAAAGAUUCUUCGAAAACUGCGUACGGAAAAACAUUGAUGAUGAUCGUCGCAUUUACUCGAUCUUGUUGGAGAAAAAGUGGGCUCUACGGCGUUUAGCGGCGUUGGUGGUGGUGGGGUUUGGCGUGGGCAUGGCGUUCUACGGCAUGCCGUUGGGACUCGGCAGUUUGUCGUUCGGUAAUCUGUAUUUGAGCGUCGCGUUGAACGCCGCAUCGGAGUUGUCGGCCGAAGUGUUGUUGUUUAUCGUGAUAGGGAAAUUGAAGAGACGAGGUUCUUUGCUAGGGUUGUGCCUGUUGAGUGGGGUUUGCGGUUCGGCGAGUGUGUUCGCGGUCGGGUUGAAGGGAGUCGAGAUGGGGUUGGAGAUGGUGUCGUUUUUCAGCGUAUGCAUUGCGUUUAAUGUGCUCUUGAUUUACGUGGUGGAGUUGUUUCCGACGCGCGUGAGGAACACCGCCAUGUCGGUUGUGAGGGGGUCGACGUUAGUCGGGGGGCUUGUGGGACCUAUUGUUGUGGGGGUUGCCGGCGGAAAGAACGGCGGCUCUCUGGCUUACAGCGUGUUCGGGGCGGCGAUUGCGGUUUGCGGGUUUACGGUGGUUUUGUUGCCGGAGACUAAGGGGAAAACUUUGUGUGAUUAUAUGGAGGAAGAAGAGGCGAGAGAUGGGGAAGCUAUUAGCAAUGGUGUUUAA